AUGUCUCUCUGUGUCCCUCCUCCGCGCAUGCCCUCACCACCCCUCGUGCCUUCGCCCCUCCCCUCCCGCCCCGCCUUCCCGCGUCGCAUCUCCUCGCGCUCGCGCCUCCAGCUGCCCUCAAACCUCAACGAGCCCCCAAUCCCGCCGCGCCUCGUCGGCUCGCCCCUGCUCGAAAAGCUCAACCACCCCCCACCAUCCACCAUGAGCACCAAGGUGCAGCAGCAACUCUGGUUUGACGGAGACGAGUUUGGCACGCGCAACGCGCAGUGUGACUCUCCGCUGGCCUCUCCCGCGUCCUCGUCCUUCUCCUCACCCGGAAGCACGCCCCGCAGGCGUUCGCACCGUCGCUCGCCCUCGGUCGCAUACACCCGUCGCACGCGCUCCCACUCGCCGCCCCCACCACCCCAGUCCCCGCACGCGCCGCCGCCCGUGCCGCCCAUCCCCUCCUCGGCCUUCGACACCCCCGGCGCAAAACGCCCCGUGCUGCGCUCGCCGCCCUCGACGCCGCCCUCGCGCGGCGCGCGCUCCACGCAGAUCAUCAUCCCUGAUCUCACUAGCAUUCCUAGUGCGAGCCCGCCAUCAGCGCUCUCGCGCACGAUCAGCCCACGGCGGCGGGGCUUAGGCUGUGAGUCGCAUUGACCCUGUGCUCCUGCGCGCGCGCUGAGCGCCCCGAUCCCCCACCCCCGAAGUCGCGCACAGGGACGAGCUGGCGUGCGCGCGCCGGCCGACCGAGAAACCGUACGCGCGCGGCAGGACGCAGAGGCCCGGGGCCAAGUGACCUCCUGUCGCCGCGCGCGCCGUCCGUGUCUAAUGGCGCGAGUGCGUAGACUUGGCGGCGCUGUAUCAUGACACCUUCAUGUUCAUGUCAUCCCCCCUCCGCCCCCCGUCGUCGCUCCGGUCCCGGGCGCGCUCGACGCCCUCUCGCCGGCGUGGGGCGGGCGCGCGGGGUCUCAUGUCUCUCUCAUCCGGUAUCAUCACCCGUACACUACAACCACAGUUUAUUCGCGGUUUCACGGUCUUUCUUUCCCCGGGUUUCCCUCGCUGUCAUCAUCCUCAUCGCGUCCUCAUCAUCAUGUUGUCUCUCCGCCCGCGCUUGCGCACUCGCAUCUUCUGGGGCCAUACGCAUUCCUUCGCCAUUCUUUCUGCGCGCAUCCUCCCGCUCCUUCGCAUUUCCCCUGUAUAGAGCUCCUGCAUUCCUUUGGGCCUUCGGUGUCUUUCCCCCUCCCGUUCCGUCCCCCUGCAUACAUAGUGUAUACCCUCCCCCGCGCGCGCAUGCCGCCGCCGCCAUCACCUAACUGCUAUAAACUACAUAUAUGCUGUAGUAAUCCCGCUACCAGUACGCACGCACCACC